AUGAGCAACCACACAGCAGUAACAGAGUUCAUCCUGCAGGGAUUCUCAGAGCACCCUGAAUACCACAUCUUCUUGUUCUGCUGUUUCCUGUCCCUCUACUGUGUGGCCCUCACAGGCAAUGUCCUCAUCAUCAUGGCCAUCAGCUUCAACCCUGGCCUCCACACUCCCAUGUACUUCUUCCUGCUCAAUUUGGCUACAAUGGACAUCAUCUGUACCUCAUCUGUCAUACCAAAGGCACUGGAAGGGCUGAUGGUAGAGAAGAGCUCCAUCUCUUUCAGGGGCUGCAUGGCCCAGCUCUACUUUCUCACCUGGGCUGCAUCCUCAGAACUGCUGCUUCUCUCAGUCAUGGCCUAUGACCGCUAUGCAGCCAUCUGCCACCCCCUGCAUUACAACACCAUGAUGAGCAAGGCCUUCUGCAGCAUGCUUGCUGCUGGAGUGUGGGUGAUCUGUGCCUUCAACUCAGGCAUGAACACAGGGCUGACGGUGAGACUGAACUUCUGUGGGCCCAAUGUCAUCACCCAUUUCUUCUGUGAAAUCCCUCCUCUGCUCCGUCUCUCCUGUAGCUCCACUUAUGUGAACAAUGUCAUGACCACACUGGCUGAUGCAUUCUAUGGCAUAUUGAACUUCCUCAUGACCAUUGUGUCCUAUGGCUUCAUUAUCUCCAGCAUCCUGAAGAUGAGGACAUCAGAGGGGAAACAGAAA